GCCUCCAGUUUAAUCUGCAAUAGGUGAACGUGAGGAGAGUGAUACAGGAGAACUUUGUAACAGCACUAAUGUUUAUAAUUCUCACGCUAAAAUAUUAACAAGUUAAUACAUUAUUAAGAUUAUAAGUGUCAAUGAAACUUUAUAUACAUUAAAGUAUAUAACCAAAAAUGAAGUUUGCAGAACAUCUAUCUGCCCAUAUUACGCCUGAGUGGCGUAAGCAGUAUAUUAGUUAUGAGGAAAUGAAAGCAAUGCUUUAUACUGCAGUGGAGGAGGCACCUUCUUCGGAAAGUGUAGAACCAGAAGUGAUACAAAGGCACUUUGCUUCCUUUGACGAAGUAUUUUUUACAUUUUGUGAUCGUGAAUUAAAAAAAAUUAAUACUUUUUAUUCUGAAAAGUUAGCAGAAGCAACACGUAAAUAUGCAGCAUUACAAAAUGAAUUGAAAACUGCUUUAGAAUUGCAACAUGGCAGUGGCAAAAACAAAGGAAAACCUAAUACCAAACCUCAUCUACCUACAAGAAAAUUACGAGAAUUGAAACUUGCAUUUUCAGAGUUCUAUCUUUCUCUCAUACUUUUACAAAACUACCAAAAUCUUAAUUAUACUGGGUUUCGUAAAAUUCUUAAAAAGCAUGAUAAGUUAUUGUCUGUGGAUAGUGGUUCAAAGUGGAGGAUAGAAUGUGUAGAAAUAGCACAUUUCUAUACUUCAAAAGAUAUAGAUAAACUUAUACAAGAAACAGAGGCAACUGUAACAAAUGAUCUCGAAGGUGGAGAUAGGCAACGUGCUAUGAAAAGACUUCGUGUGCCACCACUAGGAGAACAUCAGAGCCCAUGGACUACUUUUAAAGUGGGAUUAUUCUCUGGAAGCUUUAUAAUUCUAUUUAUAGCAGUUGUUCUCUCAGCAAUAUUCCAUGAGAGUGGAGAAAAUUUGAAAGUAGCUUUUCGUUUAUACAGAGGGCCAUUGCUUAUCAUUCAAUUCUUAUUUCUCAUUGGUGUUAAUGUUUAUGGUUGGAGAUCUUCGGGGGUAAAUCAUGUUCUAAUAUUUGAAUUGGAUCCACGAAAUCAUCUCUCUGAACAACAUCUUAUGGAAUUGUCUGCAGUACUUGGAGUAGUAUGGACAUUAAGUCUAUUAAGUUUCCUUUAUAGUGCUAGCCUUAGUAUUCCGCCAUAUGUAAAUCCUUUAGCUCUUGUCUGUCUUAUGCUGGCAUUUUUUCUGAAUCCAUUCAAGAUCUUUCGUCAUGAAGCACGCUUUUGGUUACUCAAAAUCAUUGGUCGUGUUUUAGUUUCCCCAUUUGCAUAUGUCAAUUUCGCAGAUUUUUGGUUAGCCGAUCAGUUAAAUAGUUUGACUACUGCUCUCUUAGACUUUCAUUUUUUAACAUGUUUUUACAUCACGAAUGGUAAUUGGCUCGAAGCAGGGAACACAAAGCAAUGUUCAUCAGGAUCUUUGAUCCUCAGACCUAUUGUUAAUUGUUUACCAGCUUGGUUUCGUUUUGCACAAUGUUUACGAAGAUAUCGUGAUUCAAAAGAAGCAUUUCCGCAUUUAGCAAAUGCUGGAAAAUAUUCAACUACCUUUCUAGUUGUUAUAGCUAAUACGUUACAUAAUUAUCAUCAAGAUGAAUAUAGUAAUCAAUGGGAGAAUCCAUGGUUAUGGUCUUGGGUGGCAAGUUGCGUCGUUAAUUCAGUAUAUUCUUAUACAUGGGAUCUUAAGAUGGAUUGGGGUCUUCUGGAUAAUAAUGCUGGUGAAAACCGAUUUUUAAGAGAGGAAGUUGUUUAUUCUGCAGCGGCCUUCUAUUAUUUUGCAAUAAUAGAGGAUUUUGUAUUAAGAUUCAUAUGGGUUGCAAGUUUCAUUUUAAUACAAUGUGGACAUAUUUCCAACGACUUAAUGACAUCUAUAGUUGCACCCCUUGAAGUUUUUAGGCGUUUUAUUUGGAAUUUCUUUCGAUUGGAGAACGAGCAUUUAAAUAAUUGUGGUAAAUUUCGCGCUGUACGCGAUAUUUCCAUAGCACCAAUUGAAAGUUCUGAUCAAAUGCAAAUUCUUCGUAUGAUGGAUGAUGAAAAUGGAGUACUAAACAGAGGUAAACGUAAAGGUGGUGGUAAAAAGCAAGGAAAUACCAAGGAAGAAAAGAGAGCAUUGCUUAAGGAAACUAUUGAUAUCGAUAUAUCGAAUGCUAGUUGAAAUUAGUAAGUACGAGAUGUAUAAAAAUAUAUGUAUAUUUGUAUAGAAUAUUGUACAUGCAUCUUAGAAUAGAUGGAAUCUUGUACAGUUUCUUGAAUUAUGGAUGAUUAGACAAUAUUAAUUCAAUUUUGUAUAAAAUGUUAUAUCUACAGUAUACGUACAUAAACAAAUAACACAGUUGAAGAAUAUAAAGGUAAUAUAUGUUAUGCGCCUUUUGUGUUAUUCCUAUAAAAUAGUCUCUGUCAACGUGUAAAUACUUAAUGGUAUAUGUCAUAAUAUUUUAUGUCAAGAGUCUUCCACUAUAAAAAUUUAUAAGGCACUCGAGAAUAUGAUUUAUAUUAAUUUGUUAAUUUUCAUCUAGUGAGUACGAUCUUCUAUAUUUAUGUACAUAUACAUGCAUAAAUUUAAUUAAGUUUAAACCCAAGUUAUAUUCAAGUUUGUAGAGAAAGA